AGUUGUUGUGAUUGCGGAAGUGAAGCUACAGAUGCUGGAGGCUCAGCCCACUGAAACAACUCUGCUAUAUCUGAUUCUUCGUGUUUUUUAAUUGAGGCUACAUGUAGCUCUGUGGGAGCUUCGGUUUACAGCUCUAUCAGCUCGUCUCCCCCGCCGUUUCUGGCCGAGCUGUCGCGAUGGCCGACCCCAACGACACCAGUCUGCAGCCGGAGGAGCGAGUCCGCGCUCUCACCAAGAAGGGCAGCUCGGUGGAAGUCAACGAAGAUGUGCCGCCGCGACGCUACUUCCGCUCCGGGAUGGAGAUGAUCCGCAUGGCCAACAUCUACGCAGAGGAGGGCAACAUCGAGCACGCCUUCGUCCUUUACAACAAGUACAUCACUCUCUUCAUAGAAAAACUUCCCAAACAUCGGGACUACAAGACCGCUAACAUUCCCGAGAAGAAGGACACACUAAAGAAACUGAAGGACGUCGCGUUUCCUCAAGCAGAGAUUCUGAAAAAAGCCCUUUUGCGGAGAUUUGAACAAGACUAUGCACAGCAUCUGGUCAAAAAGAAAGCGGAGCAGGAGGCGGCGGUGCGGGAGCAGUCCAAGCAGCGGGCGCUGGACGCCGAGCGGGAGCGUGUGUCCGAGAUGCAGCGGCGGCAGCGGGAGCAGGAGCAGUUCAGUGCCUUCGAGGAGAUGAUCCGCCGCCAGGAGCUGGAGAAGGAGCGCCAGCGCGUUCUCCUGGAGUUCGGCGCGCCCACCGCGCCUCCCUCCGACACGCCCCUCCUGCCAGGCAUCCAGGGACCCCCGCCACAGGGGUCCCACGCCGCCCCGCAGAGCCCAGGGGACAACAACCACCAACACGACCGCCCGCCCGUGACCAUCAGCACGCCCGGCGCCGCCGCCCUGCCCACUUUCGACCGGUCGCUCAAGCCCGGCUCUCUGGUCAGCCCGGGGAACAACAACACAAUGGUGGACGCUCUCCGGCAGUUGGCCGUUCCGGCCGAGCUGUGCCGGAGCUUUCUGAGGUUGGCCGAGGCCAACACGAGCCGAGCCGUGGAGACGUGCGGCAUUCUGUGCGGCAAACUGACCAGAAAUGCGUUCACCGUGACCCACGUCAUCGUACCGAAGCAGAGUGGAGGACCGGACUAUUGCGACACGGAAAAUGAGGAGGAACUCUUCCUCAUACAGGACCAGUACGAUCUCAUCACCCUCGGCUGGAUACACACUCACCCCACGCAGACGGCCUUCCUGUCCAGCGUGGACCUCCACACACACUGCUCCUACCAGAUGAUGAUGCCGGAGGCCAUCGCCAUCGUCUGCUCGCCCAAGUUUAACGAAAUCGGAUACUUCAGGUUGACGGAUCGAGGAACAGACGAGAUCUCCACGUGUAAACAGAAAGGCUUUCAUCCGCACAGCAAAGACCCCCCUCUGUUUACACACGCGGGUCACGUCAACAUCACCGAUGACACCGUGUCCAUGAUGGAUCUGCGGUGAUUCUUUGUCACCAGAACACUCGGGACUGUUUUAUCAAAGCGGAGACAUUUUACUGGAGGAAACACUGGUUUUACUGUCAGGACGGUUCUGAGCAAACGCCGACCCACGAGUUCACUAUUUCUACAGACUUCAGUUGUUCUCAAAGAAAACAACGUCGUGAACCUUUAUUUCACUUUUCUUCAUUUUGCUCUGUAAGAAAAGAUAUUACAUAUUAUUGCACUUUCCAAGCAAACAACUCGGAUCCUCCCUCAAACCUCCGGCUCUUCAUCCCCUCUGUUCUCCGUAUGUGCGCUCA